AUGAGUACACAAUACACAAGAGAUCAGGAAAAGAAGGGAUUAUUUGGAGUCCUCAGUAGGUGCAUUGAAAUAGGAGAUCUCUCAGCGCUGAAGAGAAUAGUUGACAGAGAAAUGGUUGAUAUUUCGAAGAUACAAAAUGCAAAAAAAAGUACACUCCUCCAUGUUGCAGCCAAGUACAACAGGGAGCGGAUAGUUAUGUAUCUCAUGGAGGCCGGAGCAUCUAUGCACCAGCAGAACAGGAGGAACGAGUGUCCGUACUUCAUAGCAGUGGCCAGAGGAAGUAGGAGGGUUUUGCGGUACAUGGAGGCCAUGAUGAAAUAG